AGAUAUGUACAUAUGAUUGCACGGUUGUAAGAUUAUACCCAUUUGCCCUUCUUUAUUUAUGUUCUUUACGUCAAAAUAAAGGCAUGUUUCAGUUACCGUUAACUAAAUUAAAAUGCAAAUUUACCGAUUUCGUCCAUCAACACUCGUAAAACCAGUUUAACCUGACAGAUCAGCAAUUGUGAUCAUCGUGCAAUUACAAAAAAACAAAAACAAAAAGGCAAUAACAAAAACAAAAAGGCAAAAAUACCACAAACAUUAAAGCGAAAAGGCAAGAGCGAGCUGAAAAUAAACAAUUCCCAUUGCAGCGCACCAGUUACUGCUGACGGUAUGGCACCGCGUUUCCUCGACCAGUCGUCGAACGGAUAGGUGGUCUAAGCACUUCAUUUCGCUAACGCUGCGGGUAUACAUUUGCAUUUGGAUUUGCGAUAAGUUUUCGUUUUCGUUUCGGAAUUAACGCAAGUGCGGGUGCCAGCGGAGUCACGCAUUCCACUUAAACGCCACAAAUAUAAAUAGUUGGUAAAAUUUAAAGAAAAACACCAAAAAAAAAUAACCAAAAAAUAAUUAAAAAAAACGUUAUUGCUACACUAAAACAGGCCAGCUGCAAUGGGCAAAAAGUGCAAUAAAAAUAGCAAACAUUAACAACAAACAAGCACAAGCCACAGCAACGGCAGCAAAUGUUGCAAUAUAUACAAUUUAUGUGUGUGGAAGUGUGUAUGAACACCUACAAGUUUGUGAUUAUUUAUUGACAAAGCGGCGGCUGACCCUCAACAAGCUGCAAAGUCAUUUGGAUAAACGGCGUUACUGCCGACUUCGCCCUAAACUGGAGGGCCGGGCCGACCCUCAGAAACACGACUUGAAACAAAGCUAAGCUUAAGCUAAAUAUGUACACACAUACAUAAUUAUAUAUGUACGUAUGUUUGUAUGUAUGCACAUUUGCUUAUCAUUUAUCGCAGCGCGGACAUCCCGGUUUGAGCGUGCUGCGUUCCCUUUUUUUUACGACUCAUGACUUUCGCAUUCCAUCUACGCCUGCUGCGGACUCCUAACGCUAUCGUUUGAGUGCUCAAUUGGAGAACAAUUUCUGUACACAUAUAAAUAUAUGUAUUUACACAUAAAGUGGUUGACACACAUAUACAUACAUAGAAGUUUUAAUUGAAAAAAGUAGAGGAGCACUUCAAAACGGCAGAAAAUCAGCAAAUUAGUAAAAGCAACGACGACAAUCGUACAAAACUACAAAAAAAAAUUAUAAUAAAAUAAAACAGGAGGCGAACAAGUGGCGCACAAGAGCAGCAUAACGUUGAACUUCAAGUCGCAAUCUCAACUUAAACUGAUAAGACUGACUGUGCUCACAUUUGACGAGUAGCUGUUUAACGGCUACCGUCGCCGCGAACACAUUAAGUGGCUAUUGUUGUUGGCGCACGAUACUUGUUGUUGGUACUUUCGUGUGUAGCUGCUGCCGGCACCAACGUCGACUGCGUUUUUGUUUUUUAGUACGACAUUAGAAUUGGAGCACAGCUCUUGUGUCUCCGAUAUUGUACGCGCAGUUAGUUAGGCUGGCAAUAGGGCCCUUUCAACGACACACCGCCAUCACCACCUAUUGCGUAAAAAAAGGCAAAACAAAACAAAUAAAAAAAAAGUGGAGAAAAACAACAACAGCAACCGAGAACCUGCACUUAUCUAGUAAUUGAAAAGCAUAUAUAAAUCGCUUAUACCCAACAACAGGAGCCAUCAUUAAUUGUUCACCGCUUACAAAGUGCAAGUGGACUGCGCACGAACGCGAUAUAAAAGUCAGAAGUUGCGCGACAUAAUUACAAACGAAAGUAAAAGCGUGAAAAGCCCUGCAGGUGUAUUUGUUUUUUUUUUUUGCUUCCGAUUGAGUAAAGUUACACCAUAAUGUUCUACAACAUCCUUUUGCUGUUGCUGGCGUCUUAUCAAGCCGCGGUGGCGUUGGAGAAUGGCUUGGCGAGGACACCGCCCAUGGGUUGGAUGCAUUGGGAGCGCUUCCGCUGCAUAACCGAUUGUCAAAAAUAUCCGAAUGAGUGCAUAAGUGAGAACCUCUUCAAACGCACCACUGAUUUAUUAGUGUCGGAAGGUUAUGCCGAUGCUGGUUAUGAGUAUGUCAUCAUUGAUGAUUGUUGGUUGGAAAAGAACCGUAAUAACGCUACAAAUAAAUUAGUAGAAGACAGAUAUCGCUUCCCCAGUGGACUGAAUCACUUGGCUGACUAUAUUCACGAGGCUGGCUUAAAAUUCGGCUUGUAUCAGGAUUAUGGCACACACACCUGCGCCGGCUAUCCGGGUGUGAUCAAUCACAUGGAGCUGGAUGCACAGACCUUCGCCGAAUGGGAUGUGGAUUAUGUGAAAUUGGAUGGUUGUUAUGCUGAUACAACGACAAUGGACGCGGGUUAUCCUGAAUUUGGGCGUCUGCUCAACAAAACCGGGCGCUCUAUGGUGUAUUCGUGCAGCUGGCCGGUCUAUCAAGAAUAUGAAGGCAAAAUCCCCGACUAUGAAGCGCUGAAAGAGCAUUGCAAUUUGUGGCGUAAUUAUGACGACAUCGAUGAUUCCUUUGAGUCGGUUGCCAAGAUUAUGGAUUACUUCUCGAAAAAUCAAGAUCGCAUACAACCACAUGGUGGACCCGGUCAUUGGAAUGAUCCCGAUAUGUUGAUUCUUGGCAAUUUUGGUUUGAGCUACGAUCAGAGCAAAUUGCAAAUGGCUGUGUGGGCCAUUUUGGCCGCGCCAUUGAUUAUGUCAAACGAUUUGGCUACAGUGCGUCCCGAAAUUAAGGCGAUCUUGCAAAAUCGUGAAAUCAUCGCUGUGAAUCAGGAUCCACUGGGUAUUCAAGGCCGUCGUGUGCUCAUACAAAAGAAUGUCGAAGUUUGGACGCGUCCAAUUACACCAAGGAAUUCCGCUGGCGAAUAUUCUUAUGCUGUGGCCUUCGUAAAUCGCCGCACCGAUGGCGCUCCUUAUCCAAUUAGCUUCAACUUAAAAGAGAUGGGUUUGGACAGCCAGCGUGGUUACGAUGUUGUUAAUCUCUUCGAAAAAUCACAAAAACUGGGUGUAAUCAAGCAAACGCAUAUAUUCAACACGCGUAUCAUUCCAAAUGGCGUCAACUUUUUCAAGUUCACAGUAUUGAAUUAAGAAGCCUGCUACAAAUCUACCAUAUAUAUUUUUUAAUGCGUGUUCUAUUGACAGAAGUAUAUUUGUACUAUUUUGAAGACUAAAUACUGUUAAAGACUAGACACAGUUACAAAUUGCUUUACUAAAAAUAUGAUAAAAAUAAAUAUGUAUACUCAAA